UUGCGUCACGUGAUGCGCCCCGUGAUCCUCUGCGUAUCAGUUAAUGCUGCAGGCGGAAUCAUGGCGCAAGGGAAACAGAAGUUCAAGGCGCAAAAGCCCGGGGGAGCCAAGAAACAGCAGCCACAGCACAAACAGAAGGGUCCAAAGAAAGGAGGGAGGAUAAUUGCCCCGAAAAAGGCGCAGGUGGUUCAGCAGCAAAAGCUGAAAAAGGGCCUGGAGGUGGCGAUCAGAAAAAAGAUCGAGGAGGAAGUUACCCAGAGAGCCAGCUCCUCCUUGCACAAGAAUCUGAGCAUCCUGAAAAAGAGCGACGGACAGCGCACCGGACCCCCGCGCCCUUCAUCCAGCUCCUCCAAAUAACGUUUCCGGACUGCGGCGCUUCUCUUGCUGCAUUUGUUUUAAUGAGACCGAACGCUGGUUCUCCCGCUAGGGGGCAGCAAAGUAUGACGAUGAGGGGCAAAUAAGCUUUGUAGUAAAAGUGAUAUCUCAAUGCGUAAAUUCAGACUUUUCCAUUCAAAUGUUUCCUUCUACAGGCAGUAUGACCCCCAUAGAUGGUGCCACUUACCCGUUGUUCUCACCAUGACAGUUGUAUCACAGAAGUGUCCCCAGAUUAAGAGUUAUUGCGGUUUGUGCACAAUUUGUAAAAUUAUGCAUCACUUAGCUGAGCUGCUCCUGUCCACCAGGGACUGGGAAGUGAAUAUGCAGUGUGAUUUAAUCUGUUUGUGGCCUGCCUUACAGAACCAGUAAGGUGUGUAAGUAUGUGACUCCCCUCCCACCCAGUGAUGAUCUGAUCAUAUGAGCCUUUUUCUCUCAGCCACCUGUAUGAGAUUGAUGUACCAUUAACGCAUGGUGUUCUGGCACAAUCCUGAAAUAAAACACACAGAAAUGUGUGAAUGGUGA